UGCCGCUGGGGUCCGCUGCCCUGACUGUGGGAGAUGGACAGGCCUUCGGAGCGUCCUAGGGACCCGGAGGGAGAAGGCGAAGAUGUGGAAAGCCUGCCCUCGCGGUCGUCCGAGAUCAAGACCAAAUCUGGCCUCCAGGCCCCCACCGAACCCGUGGAGCCGGAUCUAGAGCCGGAGCCGGAGCCGCAGCCCGAAGCGGAGGCAGAGGCGGGGGAGGAGGUAGAGGCUUCGCGGGGAGGCGCCGCCGCGGACGAGCAGGCCGAGACCCCGGCAGGGCCGGCAGACACCGAAGCUGAGGGUGAGGAGGGGCCUGGAGAGCCGGGGUGGCCGGCCGAGCCCGAGGCCGCGGCUGAGGAGCCAGCCAAGCCGGGAUCCGAAGCCGUGCCCGAGGAACCGGAGAAGGAAGGGGAGGAGGAGGAAGAGGAGGAUUGGGAGGAGGAGGAGGAGGCGGCGGCGGCGGGCGGGAAGAAGGAAGCCGAGUCUCAAGCCUCCCUGCUGCCGACCACGACCGGCGGAGCAGAGGCUGCGCCAGCCCGGGAGGAGGCCGAGGAAGAGAGACAGGAGGAAGAGGAGGAGGAGGAAGAGGAGGAGCAGAAAAAGAGUGAGGAAAGAGAGGGGAAGGGUGGAGAAGGCCGUCCGGCGAAAAGUGAGAAGGAGGGGACGUACCUGUACGGAGACGAUGAGGACUACUACGAGUGGUCAGAGGAGGUCCAGAAGCUGAAGGAGCAACAGCUGCGCAGCGAGCUCCUGGAGCAGUACCGCUCCCUGCUGGUGGAGCGGAACCGCUGCCAGCGCUACAACGUGUGCCUGCAGCACAAGAUCUGCGAGGCGCUGCGCAAGAAGAAGGGCCUGGAAGCCGCCGAGGUGCCUGACAAGGGCCCGGAGACCGAGGCCCCCGAGAAGGAGCAGGUGUACCUACGCUAUCUGGCCAUGCUGGAGGAGCUGAAGAAGCAACAGGCAGACGACCUACAGUGGUACCAUCAGGAGCUGGCCCAGCUGAAGAAGCAGGGCCAGGAGAAGCUCGCCAGGGCGGAGAAGGAGUGGCGAGGCUUCCAGGCACUGAAGAAGCAGGUGGUGAUGCAGGCCAUGGGCAGCUGUUGGAUGCGGGGCGGGCGCCAGGCCGCUCUGCGGGAAGUGGAGGCGAUCCAGGCGUUGGAAGAUAAAAAGGUGAAGGAGAUGAGCGCUGUACGGCUGGAGAACGUGCAACUGAAGCAGAGCCUGGUGCACUUUGAAACCAGGAUGAGGGCCCAGGAGGACUUGACAGAGGGUCUGCUCCUCAUUGACUGUGAACAGCUUAAGAUUGAGAAUCAGACCUUAAAUGAGAAAGUUGAGGAACGAAAUGAGGAACUUUUAAAACUGCGUAACAAAGUGACCAACAAUGUGCAAACAAUAACCCAUGUGAAGGAGAAGCUGCACUUUAUGGAUAUGGAGAAUGCACGCAAAAAGGAACAGCUUUUGGAAAUUGAGGCUCAGGUAGCCCUAGGAAGAGACAUCUUCACCAAGACGAAGCAAGCGCGAGACAGCCUGCGGGUUGACAACAUCAAGCUGGAUCAGAAGUGUGGGCUUCUGGGCAAGGAAUCACUGCUUCGGGACUUGGAAGAAAAGGUGGAAAAGACAGAACUGCUCAAGCAGCGCCUGGAAUCCCUGAAGUGCCAUCACGCUGGGCUCACUUUGUCUUGCAGAGGCCUGAGGCAGAAGAUCAGGGAAGCCAAAGCCUUUCUCCCCUCUUGAUACACUUGAUGAGAAGAGUCAGCAAAACAUUUUCACUCUCGGCAUAUCAUAUGUCCUUUAACUUUUAUUUUCCAUUUUGUGCCAUUCUUUAUUAAGCCUGUGAUAUUUGGGAUAUAAAUAUAUUUUAUAUUUAUCUCACAAUUUUUCAGCUUUCAAAUUAGUGCUGAGCACAAAAUUGGGUCAGCAGUUAGUUUUAUAUGGGAUUAAGCAAAAUAGGUCCAGAGAAACAAACAACAGGGUUCAUUUCAUGUUAACUGACUUCUCAUGAAAAGCUGUCGAAAGUAUUGUUAUAUCUGAGCAAUUCCAUAAUUUCAAUGACAGAACUAAGGAGUACUGUUCCUUUUCCAUAUGUUAGGAGGGUGUAAAAGUUCAAGGAGGGUGGGGAGGAGGGGUACAUUUGGGCAGGGUACAAAAAUAUUCUUGUCCAUUAAGAUAAUUACUAAACUCCCUUUGGAUUUAUUAAACUGUGUAGUCCUGAAUUACUGUCACAACUAGAAGCACACUAAUUCUCUUAGAUUAAUCUUAAUCUGAAAUUGUUUUAUAUGUAACUAGUACUGGCUUCUGGGAUAAUAAAUAACAUCCAGGAAACAGGAGAAAUGAUAAACACGAAAAGGAACUAAUGUUCCUUCAUCUUUCCUUUCAGUGAAAGGAAGCUCAGGCUACUGACCAUUAAUAUUUGUUUCUGCCUCAAUGACAGUCUUCAAUUCCUAUUAAAUGUUUUCUUAGAUCUUCUCAAGAAAUCCAUUGAUUUGUACCCCAAAACUGAAAUUUUGCUUUCCAGUGAAAACAAGAUGACAAUUGUACUAUUUUGCCAGGUGCAAAAUCUAUGGAAUGGUGGCUGCUGGCAGCCUAGAGGACAUAGCGUUCUGUUUUAGCGGGAUACUUUUGGAUCUCAACAACAGGACCCUUAUUAUGCCUGAGUUCACUUUGCAUCAAAUAUUAAAAUGCUAUUAUUUCUUGUGUUACUGUAAAAAAUAAUUGAUAGGUCUAUCUCCUUAAUGCAGUAUCAGUGAUUACCUUGGAGCUAGGGACUUGGUUUCAUUUCUUAGGUUGAAUUUUGAGAAGUGCAGAUUUGGGAUUCAAAGUAUUCUCCCACUCCUAAACUUAAGUGGAUCAUUAGAAAGAUGAUAUAUUUUUUGGUGCUAGAUACCUCUAAAGAAUGGUAGAAACCCCACUCUGGGCAGGUGGGCAGGUGACCCCAUUGGCUGUGAGAAUCUUUUGAUGACAUGAUUUUGUUUUUGAAAGUAUGUUUCCUUUGAAGCCAAGGAAGGUUGAAUAAAAUUCCUUUUCUAACUUC